GUCUUGUCUCGGGCUGGAUGAUUUUUAAGACGGAGUCACUUUUACUUAUUUAUAGACGGAGGUUGUGGCUUUUUUUAAGAGCAUUACUACAAACACCCAGAGUGAAUUAUGCUUUAAAAGGCUAUUUUAUUUCCCCAACCGGACAUUAGGGAUAUUUCUCUCGCGAUUUAAUGCAAUUGAGAUGGAGAAUUUCGAAUGUGAAAAGUGAGUUUUUGACCUGAUAUAAAAAAGAAGCUUUUGUUUUCUCUUUUUUUUUAUUUCUAACUUACUUCUAUUAUGACUAUGACUUCUCUUGGACGUGGCGUUUUUGUUCCUGUGCCUACUUUCUUCAAAGAAAAUGAAGACCUCGACUUGGAGGCAUUUGAUCAACAUAUCAAAUUCCUCUCAAAUUCUGGUAUUGCUGGUGUUGUUGUGUUAGGAUCAAUGGGUGAGGCUGUUACUUUAUCAGAAGCUGAAAGAGCUGAAGUCAUCAAGCAAUGUACUGCUUCUGUAAAGAAAUACAACCCCAACUUGAAGGUCAUUGCUGGUACUUCAGCUCAAAGUGCAAAGACAACCAUUGCUUAUAUCGAACAAGCUGCUUCAUGCGGUGCUGGCUAUGCUUUGAUCUUACCUCCUUCUUUCUACCGUGGUGCUAUCAACGAUGAUGCUUUAAUUUACUUUUAUACUAAGGUUGCUGAUCAUUCCCCUUUACCUAUCAUCAUCUACAACUAUCCUGGUGUCUGUCAAGGUGUGGAUAUUAGUGUUGAUGUAUUGGCCAGAUUAUCCAAGCACAAGAACAUCAUUGGUGUCAAGGGCACAGAAGGAAAUGUUGGUAAAAUGGCCAACUUGGCCAAUAAGACAAAUCCCAAUGAGGUCACUUUGUUAGCUGGUUCUACAGACUUCUUUUUGCCCGAGUUAUUGAUUGGUGCUGUUGGUUUAAUCCCAGGCUCAGGUAAUGUGUUCCCUAGUCUUUGUGUUGAGGUACAAAAGUUGUAUGAAUCUGGCAAGCUGGAAGAAGCUAUUCAAUUGCAACGCAAGUUGGUGGAAGCAGAUGAUGCACUCUGUAGAUGGCAUGGUAUUCCCGGUACAAAGAGCUUUCUUCAAUCAAGAUUGGGUUAUGGCCAAGGCAUCGUUAGAAACCCUCUUCAAAAAGCAUCAGAAACUAAUGCUCAAAGUAUUGAAAAAGCAGUAGAUGAAGCUUGGGCACUUGAAAAGAAAUACCACCAAUUUGAAUAUGUGAAAUAAUAAAGUCCUCAAUUUGCU